GAGUUACAGUUCUUAUCCUGCUCCUCAUCUGGACCAGUUUUGAGACAUGUUGUUGAGUCCACCUUCAAGAAACACAACUAUGACUUUGAUUCAGCUCUUUUAAGCGAUUUGGUGAGCAACUUAUGUGAGUCACAUCCUAUUAGUUCAGCUGUAGGGAAAGAUGGUCCUUUUACUACAUCAUAUAGGAGGAGGCAAUAUAUCAAGUCACAUUUUUCAGUUGUGGAACCAAAAGAGUACAUUCUGAAGAAGAGGGAGAAUAAAACAUUCCAAUAUAUUCCUAUACUGCUAAUAUUACUACUAAUAUUUUUUUCUCUUCAGAUGAGGAUAGAUUAAGUCUUAUCCUGUACAUUGACGACUUUGAAGUCUGCAACCCCCUUGGAACAUCCCGGAAGAUACACAAAGUUACUGCUGUGUAUUGGGUCUUAGGCAACAUCCCAGCACAUGCAAGAUCGGCAUUGACGAGUAUAUACUUAGCAGUGGCGGCUGGUCGUUUUCAAAGUGAGGGAGGAAGGACUGCGCGCUUGGUUGCCAUUGGCCUGCUUGCACUGUUGGUGUAUGGUGGCAUAAGAAUGUGAGACUCAAGUUGUUUCAGGGUGUUUUGGUGAACUACAAAAUAGAAGGUAGGGAGUUAUGUGAACAAAAUGUAUACAAAGCCACCAGUGGCAUCAAUGUAAUUUGAGAAGGAAAGGAUGCAAAGCAUAUUAGUCAAAUCAGGCCUACUAUUGAUUUGUAAAAGUAAAUAAAAAAAUCUUCGGCCUAUUUUUGCCCUCACUGACUGAAGUUAUUUAGCUAUGUUUAUUUUCAGUUACAAUUGCUUGUAAUGCUACCAGUAAGUCAUGCGUACCUAGCAAACCAUGUAGCACUCACAACACUGACGUUGCCAUUACUUCUGGUGACCUUGAUUUUGGGAAGUGGUCUACCUCUUUCUUUGGUCGCUAACUUAGCACUGUAACUGAAUGAAUUGAAUGCUUUUUGUAAUAAGACGUUAACAAUGUCCUCCGUUUCCAAUGUUUCCAUUGUGCAUUUAGGAUCUCGCUAUCGCAGAUUUCACUUGCUCUGCGUCUCUCAGACUGAGCACCGCGGCAACGCAGACCGGGUUUGUUAUCGACAGCAUUGCCAGAUUGGGCAGAUUUCCCGCCCAAUGAUAAUUCUUCCAGCCUAACAUGGUUAAAAGUAGCCCAAUUGGGUGGGAAAUCGGACCAAUCUGGCAACACUGCUCAACAUCCAGGGAUCCUGCUUAUUGGUUCAUAGCGCAGACGGAUAGAUUUUUGCGCGAAUCAGACCCCUUAAGGUCCCACCCACUCAGAGGAGGAUUUUCCUCCUCUCUCCCAUUGAAACCCAUGUUAUCCACCGGCCGCCAGUACUUUCGGGGAAAUGAAUGGGAGUGAACGGAAGCGAACGGAGGACGUUCCUCCCUGAAGUAAUUGGCGAUAGGCGAUAGGGGGUGCUAAUGUCCCUUUACCCAGGGAAACGAACAUUAUAUAUUCAACGGCAAUAAAGUAGUCAUAUUUAAGGGCAUUAAUUUAUUACAAUAGUCUGGGCAAUCUACAUUUUUUAUUCUCAACAAUGUUAGGGAGGAUCUUCCUCCCUCUCCUCAAUGGAGAAGCCUCCACUGAUACUUAGCCAUUCUCUGUAAGGCCAGUGACACCAAACAGUUUGGAUUUCAGACAGUGCUAGAGCCACUAUUGCGGGAUCUUCAAAGCUUAGAGAAAGAUGGUCUUUUCAUUCCAAGUUUUGGGAAAGUGAUCAAAGGCACUGUGGUGAGCGUAGUGGCUGACAAUUUGGGUGCUCAUGCUGUGGCAGGACUUGUUGAAAGUUUCUCAGGACCUCAUGUCUGUCGAUUCUGUCUGGGAGAGCGCUCUAUGUUUCAGACAACAGAGGUAAGAUCAGGAGUUUUUCAGCGAAGAAGGGAAGAGCAGCACACCUUACAUGUUCAAACAGCUUUAUCGAGUCCUUCUCUUAGUCCGUGCUAUGGGGUGAAAAAACGGUCUGACACUAUCUGAAAAGCUGUGUUAUUUUGAUGUGACGUCUGUUUUCCCUCCUGAUGUGCUACACGACCUUCUUGAGGGUGUUGUUCCCCUAGAGCUGGCAUUGUCACUGAAUGCGUUCAUCAAGAACAAGUAUUUUUCCUUGGUGGAAUUCAAUGACUUAAUUGCUCAGUUCCCUUACAAGUGGACUGACCGAACAAAUCGCCCACAUUUGGUCACUGCUACUUUCGCUGCAAAAAGAUCAGUAGGAGGGAAUGCCCAUGAAAAUUGGUGCCUGCUGCGUCUUUUGCCUUUUUUGAUUGGGUUGAGAGUACCUGAGAGUGAUCCAGUAUGGCAGGUGCUAAUGGUUCUGAAGGACAUAGUGGAGCUAGUCAUGUCUCCAGCUCACACAGAGGAAAGUAUCUGUUACUUGGACACCAAGAUCGCCGAACACCGGCAAAGAUUUCUGGAUGUAUUCCCCCAAAACAAACUAAUUCCCAAACACCACUUCAUUGAGCAUUAUCCUGAGCUCAUAAGGGAAUUUGGACCAUUGUCUGCCUUGUGGACAAUGUGCUUCGAAGCGAAGCACAGCUUUUUCAAAAAAAUUGUCAGACAGACUGGCUGUUUUAGGAACAUACUGUUGUCCCUCGCCAAAAAACACCAACUCAUGGUUGCACUGUGUCUCCAUGAGAACAGUGCAUUCAAACAAUCUGUGUCUGUUACCAAAACAUCACAAGUGUCAUUAGAUGUACUAAAUGCGGCCAUUAAAGACUUGGUGCUGCGCAAGUAUCCAAACAUCACAAUGGUCCAUGUCUCAAACAAGGUGGCCAUCUCAGGUACAAGCUAUGCGCCAGGAAUGUUGCUGUGUUAUGGUUCAACUGGAGGUUUGCCUGACUUUGCUGAAGUUUCUCAGAUCAUCUUGGUUUUGGAUAGCAUAGUCUUUGUUGUCAAACUACUAAAUGGAUGGUACAAUGAGCACCUCAGGAGCUAUGAGCUAGAGUACACAGGCAACUUCCAAAUAAUUGAGCCGAAAGAACUACUUGAUUUCUAUCCCCUGGCUAUGUACACUAUUGCAGGACGACGAGUUGUUACCUUAAAACACCACAUCAACACCCCCUUUUAAAUAUGCAAUGGACUUUCUUUUUUUCCAGUGUCUUCCUGCCUGCUCAGAUGUCCACCCCAGCAAAGCUACGGAUCAUUUUUGAUGAUCAUACAGUGCACAAAUUGCUUCUGCCAUCAGGUAUCCCCAGUACUCUACAGGAUCUCAAGCUUGUCAUCCAGAGCACAUUCAGCACUCCAGAUGGCUUUACUCUGAUGUAUCAAGAUGUGGAGUUUGGGGGUCAGUUCUUCACAUUGACGUCUAUAGAAGAUGUGCAAGACAUGGGUACCCUGAAAGUUGUCCAAGUCAUUUUAAAUCUCAGCGCUGUGGAAGAAGAAGAUGACAACUUACCAGAAUCAGACGUCAUGUCAUCCACAUCUUUAGCAUCCCAGGACACCGUUUUGCUUUCUUCAUCAUCUGAUGAAAGUCCUGCAUCAUACCGUUCCCGACCAUGGCCAAGACAGUUCGAUAUUCCACCAUUUUCCUUUGAAAUUCAGCUCUUGCUGGAGGCAGGAAACCGAGCUUACAACGCCAAUGGAACUCUCUUAAACAACCCAAAAGUGACAAGAAGCGUUCUCGAGAAAUUAGCUGAGAUAAUGUUUCAAUACACAGCUUACCCAACAGGAAUCCAAGUGAUGCACGUAGUUGAGGCCUUGGCUGAGAAGUAUCCAUGCCUCAAAGAGCCAGGCUCAUUCAAUGGCAUGUAUGGAUGGCAACAAAGAAUCAAGUAUAAAAUGACCAAUUAUCGGGCAAAAGUAAGAGGGCUCCAAAUUGCCUGUCCAGAGCUAGAGGUGAACUCUUCAAGAAAGAUGACUUCCCGUCCCAAAGGCCUCAAAAGACCCAAAAAGGCUGAAGUAAAUUAUUUGCCGCCAUUGCCACAUGGAGAAACAAAAGAAACAAUGGAAGAAGAGAGGGUGGUUCUACUCACAGAAGUGAAAAAGACCAACAACAACAAGAUUAUCAGUGAGAAAAUGGAGAAGACCUUUCCAUAUCGGCGGUUGGAGGUUGUCAACCAGAUGCCUGCUGUCCCAGAUGUCAUGGAGAGAUGGCCUGCCCUUUUCUACGAAUCUCAGGUGAAGGAGGAGUUCAAGAGGAUCACAACUAUCAACCUGGACCGAACCUUUUUGACUAAGAUGGAUUUCUACACUCCAAAACUCCUGACUGUUUUCAAGACAAAGGGUGGGACUUCAGGCACAAAAAUAAAAAGUGUGUUGGAGUCACUCAAUCAGGUAGGAACAGUCCACUGUACUUCCUUCAUGAAAGGUGGUGUUCUCUGAAUUGAGACGAGCUGAGCCAUAUCUCUCUGAGCUUUGCGCGUCCUCCCAGUCAGUCAGAUCGUCGUGUUGUGUUUAGCAGGAUGUUUCCAAGGAUGUCAUCGAACAAGACAUCAAAGACGGUGUGAUCAAGAUCCUUGUGCUGGGCAGUGCUGCAGAGGGUGCCCCCCCAACUGAUGCAUGUCAUCAUUGUGGUUGAUGGUACAGAGGUAUUGGGUGGUUGUAAAACACUCACCAAUGCUUGCAUUCUGCUCAUGGGCUUUGUGUACUCACUGAAUCUCAGUUAUCCUCCAAAAUUGAAAUACACAUUUGAAGUGUUUCAAAAGUUGCUUUUGGAGUUGGAUGAUUUAAAGUUCUCCCCCAAAGUGGAUUCUCUGAGAAGGAAACUGUUACAGUAAAAGGGAAAUGUGACUACAGCUCAUGCAGCAGAUGCAAUUGACUUAAUUGCGAAGUUGUUCAUAACUGUUCAUGAAAGGCUUUUAGUUAUAAUAAUAAUAAUAAUAAUAAUACAUUUAAUUUAGAGGCGCCUUUCAAGACACCCAAGGUCACCUUACAGAGCAUAUAGUCAUCAUUCAAAACUAUGUAAAACAGACUAGGAAUAAAAGGAAAACAGAGGUUAAACAUGAAGAAUAAUAAUAAAUAAUAACACUCAAAGACGCCUAAAGUGAAGGGGGGACCUCACUAACCACCACCAAUAUGUAGCACCCACUUGGGUGAUGCACGGCAUCCAAUCGGUGCCAGAACGCUCACUACACACCAGCUUGAGGUGGAGAGUUAGGGAUGAGGUGGAGAGUGAGGGAAAAGAACAUUUAAACACUAUCGACCAUAUUUAAACACUUUCGAUCACAUUUAAACAAUAUCGACCACAUGUAAACACCAUCGCCCAUUUUUAACAUUAUCACCCACAUUUAAACACUAUGGACCACACGUAAACCCUAUGCACCUUGUUCUUUAGUGUAGGUUUGUUUCAGGACUUGAAUUACAGUAUGUAAAAAUGGACCUGUACAGGUUGGUGGCUUUUUUUUUAAAGAUUUGCAUUCUUUCUUGACUUUGAAUUUUAUUACUGUGUACUUAUAGGUCCAUUUACUA